AUGAAUCGCAUCCGUGCGGCCACGAAGCCCACGGGCACGGAGCUGAGCACGCCGGCCGAGCUGUUCGCCAAGGCCGUGCGCCAGGGCACGCACACGCUGACGCCGAUCGAGUGUCAUUUGCUGGGCCAUGGGUUCCGCGUCGAAGAGUCCGCGUUUGAGGACGACGACUUUAGCGACGAGGAGCAGGAACGGGCAAACAAGAAGGCCAAAACCAUGGCCUCGUCGCUGUUUAACCAGUUCGGGAUACCGGGCAACCGGGAGGCAUACGUGGCCGCCGGCAAGGAGGAGGUCGCAAGCACGCUGCGUAGUUCGGGCAGCCCAUCCCGGCCCUCUGGAAAGCACCAGGGCCGUCGGCGUCAACGGGACAGCCUGCCGAGGAGCCUGCCGAGGAGCAGGAGGACGAGUCUUCCCGAGCGCCGGAACCUGCCAGACUGCCCGCCGAGCUCCUUGUUAGUCCCGGUACUCCCUUCUUCCGGCGUCAGCUCAGUUCCAGUUCCGCCGUCACACAACCUGGAUUCGGUCUGCCUGGCCAGCCUCCUUUUCAACCACAGCAAUGGCCCGGCUUUGGUUCUGGCUUGCCCGGUAGUCAUGGUCUCCCUGGCGCGCCUGGUGGUCUUGGCCUGCCUGGCGACGUCCGUUGGCCCCGGGCCAGCAAAGGCCGCAGGUAUUCUUGACGAGGUUACCAAGGCUCUCCUGUACAUACACGGCGAGCGCCGGACAAAACGGAUGGGCCGCAACGACUUUGAUGAACGCUUCAACAACAUCGUGGCAUCGAUACAUGGGCUCGCGGACCGGUUCGCCGCGGCGUUGCCGCCCACCCCGCUACAUCCGCUCUUUCGGGGUCCAUUACGCGACCAAAUUCCCCUUCUUCCGCCGAGUCGUGUUUUUGGACCAAACCCGUUCGGGCUGCGCCUGUCGCACGAUGGCAGCCAAGUCAACUCGGCUGGCCCCUACACUACGCGCGACGAGCUGCCACGCUCGAGCACGUAG